UAAAGAGCAGCGGGCGGCGGGCGGGACAGAGUGAAGCUGUGUUGGCGGAGACUCGUUACUCGUCCCGGGACGCUGCAGAGCAAUUAACACUUAUCAGUCUGUCUGGGGGCUUUUUGACAGACGAUAAACUUCAAGUAUCCUGAGACUUACUUCUGAUAACACCUGCAGAAACAUGAGAGAGUGUAUCUCCAUCCAUGUGGGCCAGGCAGGCGUGCAGACAGGGAACGCCUGCUGGGAGCUCUUCUGCCUCGAGCACGGCAUCGGCCCUGACGGAGUCUUCCUGGAUGUUCCUACAGAAACAAACUGCCGUGAAGAUCCAUUCAACACUUUCUUCAAUACUGGGAGCUCUGGGCGUCAUGUUCCCCGAGCAAUAUAUGUAGACCUGGAGCCCACUGUGGUUGAUGAAGUGAGGGUCGGGAAGUACAAAGAUCUCUUCCACCCAGAGCAGCUGAUCUCUGGAAAGGAGGACGCCGCCAACAACUACGCCCGCGGCCAUUACACUGUCGGCAAAGAAAUCAUUGAUGGAGUAAUGGAACGGGUUCGCAAAAUGACGGACCAGUGCACGGGCCUGCAGGGCUUCCUCGUCUUUCACAGCUUUGGAGGGGGGACCGGCUCUGGCUUCACCUCCCUGCUGAUGGAGCGUCUGUCCGUUGACUACGGAAAGAAGUCCAAGCUGGAGUUUGCCGUCUACCCAGCUCCCCAGGUUUCCACUGCUGUGGUGGAGCCCUAUAAUGCCAUCCUGACCACCCACACCACCCUAGAGCACUCUGACUGUGCCUUCAUGGUCGACAACGAGGCCAUCUACGACAUAUGCCGUCGCAACAUGGACAUCGAGAGUCCGGGUUACAUCAACCUCAACAGGUUGAUCGGUCAGAUUGUUUCCUCAAUCACCGCCUCCCUUCGUUUCGAUGGCGCCCUCAACGUGGAUCUGAUGGAGUUCCAGACCAACCUGGUCCCAUAUCCCCGUAUCCACUUCCCUCUGGUGACCUAUUCGCCCAUUAUCUCUGCUGAGAAGGCUUACCAUGAGCAGCUGACCGUGUCUGAGAUCACCACCGCCUGCUUUGAACCAACCAAUCAGAUGGUCAAGUGUGAUCCUCGUCACGGCAAAUACAUGGCGUGCUGCAUGCUGUACCGAGGAGAUGUGGUCCCAAAGGAUGUAAACGCCGCCAUUGCCAAUAUCAAGACUCGACGUUCCAUCCAGUUUGUUGACUGGUGCCCCACCGGCUUCAAGGUCGGCAUUAAUUACCAACCUCCAACCGCCGUUCCUGGUGGAGACCUGGCCAAGGUGCAGAGGGCUGUGUGCAUGCUGAGCAACACCACUGCUAUUGCCGAAGCCUGGUCUCGCCUCGACCACAAGUUUGACCUCAUGUACGCUAAGCGGGCAUUCGUCCACUGGUAUGUGGGCGAAGGCAUGGAGGAGGGGGAAUUUGCUGAGGCCAGAGAGGACCUGGCCUGUCUGGAAAAGGAUUACGAGGAGGUGGGCCACAUGACCUCAGAUGACGAAAAUUACGACGAAGAAUAUUAAAUCCUGUGAGACCUUAAGCUGUGGUAGCAGGACGGUUAUUGUACUCUGAUUUUGUCUUUAUCUUCUAAGCUACAUUUAGUAAAAGUCGCUGUCUUUGUCACUGCCAUUUUUUGAUCUAAGUUUUAGAUUCACGAAAGCAGAGAUCAGAGCUGGAUUUGAGGUGGAUUUGAUUUGUGCUCUGUAAUAAAAUUGAUCUCAGAAACUUGUUAGAGUUACAGUUGAAUGGUGCAGCCACCAAGCACCACUACUUCUCUGCUCAUGUUCGACAUAGCGUAAAGAUGAACAUGGUGGCAAAGUAAGAAGGUACAGUAUUGCUUUUCUUCUGACCUUAUUAAAACCCUGUAAGUUCUUACAGUAUGCACUUCCCUUUGAAGAAGAAGUUUAUAAACCAACAGACAAAAUAAACACAUUUCUUUUGCUGUCAAAAAGUUGUCCACAGAGAAAUAAAUGUACAGUACACUUUG